AUGAAGCUCCUGGCGCAGCGCGAGCGAGCCAAGUGGGACGCUGGGAAGGCUAGCGGCGCGGUGUACAGCAACGACGAGGAGCACUCGUCCACCGUCACCGAAGCCUACCGCCUCUUCUCUCGCAGCAAUCCGCUGCACCCAGACUUGUGGCCGUCAGGGCUGAAGUUCGAGGCGGAGGUGAUCUCGAUGACCGCGAGGCUGCUGGACGGGGGCGAUGCCGGUGUUUGCGGCGUCCUGACCAGUGGCGGGACAGAGAGCAUCGUCCUGGCCGCCAAAGCUCAUCGGGAUUUCUACAGAGAGGUGGCGCCUCCGUUCCGGUUCUUGAGAGGAGUGACGUCUCCGGAGAUCGUGGCGGCCACUACCGCACACGCGGCAAUCGACAAGGCGUGCUCGCUCAUGAAGAUACGCCUGAUCAAGGUGCCCGUGGAUCCGGUAACGAUGAAAGCGGACGUGAAGGCCACGGCCAACGCGAUGUCGGCCAACACUAUCAUGGUCUACACGUCGGCCCCGAGCUUCCCUCACGGCGUGAUCGAUCCUGUCGAGAAGUUGGCACAGCUGGCCACAAGAUACGGGUGCGGCCUGCACGUGGACUGCUGCCUCGGCGGCUUCGUGUUGCCGUUCGCGAAGAGCCUGGGUUAUUCGGUGGAGCCCUUCGACUUCGGGGUGGAGGGAGUCACCUCCAUCUCCGCCGACACGCACAAGUACGGGUACGCGCCGAAGGGGACGUCGGUGGCGCUGUUCAGGAACAAGGAGCUGCGACACCAGUCGUACUUCUGCUUCCCGGAGUGGACGGGGGGGCUGUACGUCACUCCCACCAUCGCCGGAAGCCGCCCUGGAGGGCUGUCCGCGGCCUGCUGGGCAUCCAUGGUCGGCAUGGGCCGGAACGGUUACGAGAAGGCGGUCACGGGCAUCAUGGAAAUGGUCAAGGCAAGUGCGCAGAUCUCGCUACUCUUAGACGCCAAGCAUAGCCAGGCAAUGGUGGUGUGCUUCCGCGGAGACGACGGCGUCAACAUUUACAAAGUUGGUGACCGCAUGAGCCACCGGGGAUGGAGCCUGAACGCCCUCCAGCAUCCCCCGUGUCUCCACCUCUGCGUGACGAUGUGCCACGUUGGCAAGGCGGGGGUGUUCCUGGAGGACCUGUUGGCGUCGACGCUGGAAGCUGCGGCGGCGGCCGGGGAGGGGGACGAAAACAGCACCGCGGCGAUCUAUGGCAUGGCCUCUUCCAUGCCGGCCGGCCCGGAAAAUUCAGUCAUUACCGAAGAGGAAGUAAGGAUGCAGUGGCUAGAACGGGCGUGAGGUGGGUGAAAGGGGUGGGAAACGACAAGAAAUACAUUGAAGGAAAGCAGAGACGUUGAAACGCUGCAGAUUUAGGGUUGAAAAAACAACUCCGGAGGACGUGUUGGACAUGUAUGUGUGUGGUACGUAUGUCCUGUUGUCGCGGCAAUGCUGAUCUGUCGCCGAGGUGAAGACAGAAAUUGGAACGCUCUUGUUUUCCUUGUUUCUCCAUCCACUUUUACCAUUCUGGUGUGACGUGGAUGAAACCUAAUUCACAUUGCAGAUAACGAUGGUCGGGUUGCGCGUGGUGGUUAAGAAGUACCUUCUUUCUCUCCAGGUGACCGUAGAGCUUCUUCGACUGAUUUGCGGAUCCACCGCUCAAGCUGUGACUGGACGACGGCGUAUUCGAUGUUAGCAGCCCCGUUCCCACGUGUUCGUGGAUCUCGUGCACCGGUGGAUGCAGAACGCAGAGAUGCUGUACGGUGUUGUAACUCGACUAAACGCACGGAAAGCGAGCCGUUGAACCCAAAAUUCGAACGUCGCUCUUGCACGGUUCAAACAUGGGAUGGGAUUCGAAGGCCGCUCUUGCGCGGUUCAAACAUGAGAUGAGAGAGGAGGGUCAAGAAAGCACUGGCCGAUCCGGCAUGCCUGACUUGUUGCCUGAGAGGGCGUAUGUUUGCCUGAGACCGUGUUUGGCCUUUUAUAACAUGUCUGAUUUCGACUUCCACAGCUUGGAUGUCAUCGAAAAAUUUGGCAAUUUUUUCAAAAAUCCGGAAGUUUGAACGGUAGUUCGUAAAAUAGCCCAAUUGGCCUUCCUGAACUCGCUUUUCAGUGUUCGCUGCUUUGGAAACAUCCUUACUUGCCGACUGAUUCUGCAUUAUCCUGCACUUAGCCUGGUAGCAAGAGCGAGAAGCCACCACGAUAAGCCCCAUAUGACCUGCCGCCAUGCUUGAGAGAAUAUGACUUGAAAUU